AUGGGUGGCACGGUCAGGUAUACUGGCGGGGCAAGUAUGAGCAUCCGAUUCCCAGAUGAUCCUAUUUUUCGGAGACUAGCGACCACUGCUCAAUCGAAAGAUCAAAUUGUUUGCCAUGACUCCUCCACCGGCCUUAGCGUAACCUAUCACCAACUCAUAAGCGAUAUUCUUCAAAUGCGUGACCUCCUGAGAACUCGUUUAUCGGAUUUCAUGUCAUCGGAACAGUUGAUAUUCGACCAAACCCUACAUAUUGGCUACUUAGGCAAGCCAAACUAUGAGUUUAUCGUUGCCGCAUUCGCAGUUCUCGCCUUGGGUGGGAUGGUAAUUCCAUUGCCAAAACACCUCCCGACCGAUGAUUUGAUACAGAUUGCAGAAAAGGAUUCACUAUUAUGCGUUCUCGUUGGAUCGGCCUUCUCCGAACGAGUCCCACGGAUACAAGAACGCGCUUCUUGUCUAGGUAUUGGUCGAGUGGAGUUGAUACCAAUCAUAACCAUGAUGGAAGCCCCUUCUGGCCCCCUAAUCCACAUCGAUAAGCAGAUGACUAUAUCCGGGUCAAGGCCAGCCAUUUGCUUUUUCACAUCAGGCUCUACAGGCUUGCCAAAGGGGGUGAUUCAUAGUCGCGAGUUAUUCUAUAACCGCCCACCCGCGGGACCCGACGAGGUCAUGUUGGUCUCUCGUCCAGUGAAUUGGGCAGGAGGUGCCCUGCCUGUUCUGAUUUCAGUCCUUUGUGGACAGAGAGCAGAGAUCGUUGACCCGGAUAGUCAACCCAAUGAGAUUUGGGAAGUGGUUCGCUCGGCUGGUAUUACGCAUGUAAUCUCUACACCGCCGCUAUACGAUAGACUGGCUCAGUACUACCAGGACAGCAUCCAGUACCUCCCAGAGAGACAGCGAGAAGAGUACCUCAACGCAGUACAAAAGAUCAAGUACGCUUUCAUCAGUGGAGCGGUCCCGGCUAUGUCCUUAUUACGAUAUUGGAGGGAUACUCUUAGGAAGCCUUUGACGGUCACGUAUGGAAGUUCGGAGUUAUGCCAUGUGAUAACUCGCCUUGCACCCGGAAUCGAGCUGGAGGUGAGUCACCAACAAACGCGCUUGAUAUACUUGGGCAAUAGAAUACCAUAUGCUAGCGUUUUCGAUGAAGCCGGCUUUUACAGAACCGGGGAUCUUGCUCAUAAAGUUGGCAAUAAUUAUGUGAUGGACGGUCGAGCAUCAGUGGACUUUAUCGAGUCUGCAGGGGGCCUAGUGCCUGUCCUGGAGUUAGAAAGUGAGCUUUUAAAGCUGCCAUACAUUGCUGAAGCGUACGCUCUACCAGUUCAAGGUGAUACCAUUGACAACGAAGUAGGCGUGCUUUGUCGCUUCCAACGGGUCAAUGGAGCACUUUGCGUCCUGCAGCGACACGAACAUAUGCUGCAGGAUAUUCGUGCAGAUUUGGCGGCUCGUGUGCCCGAAUUUAUGCUUCCAAAGGCGCUCCGGGUCUUUGAGAGUGAGACCAUGAUACCUCGACUGGACUCCGGAAAGGUUUCCAAGAAAACAGCCAUGGAGAUGUUUUUCAAAGUGGACUGCAAUCGUCAGCCCACCAAGCAGCAUGUCAAAAUCUACAUCACAAUGACUGUCAAAGACGUUGUCCGCAGAUCUCCACUAGCAGGAUAUGGCAAGGCCAUCCGCGGAGCACCCCGGGAAAUUAUCCUUAACCGUCACUUGAUGCUCUCAUGUUUUAUUUACGCUGUCGGAGGCGUUCCAGUCAUCUGGGAUCAGGGUGCAUCGUCGGUUAUACCGUCCCUCCCUGGCUUCCAAAAUCACUUCAAGAUCAGCUCUGGAUCUAACGCGGACGAGAUCCGCACUUUUAUUUCCAUCGUCUACGUAGGAUUCGGGGUGGGCGCUGCCCUGACCUUUCUCGUGAAUGACUUGAUUGGCCGAAUUUGGUCAUUUCGUCUAUAUACCCUCAUCUGGUGUGUUGGGUCCUUGAUGGCUGUCUUCUCUCCAAACGUCAAAGUCCUCUAUGCCGCUCGCGUUAUUCAAGGUCUGGGACUCGGGCCGCUUACCGUUAGCGGUCCAAUGUCCAUCGUUGAGAUUGCCCCUGCGGAAAUCCGAGGCCUUCUCACAUCGUGGUUUAUUCUCCUGAUGAAUGUCGGACUCUUUGGAUCCGUCUUCUGCGCUCUAGGCGUCUACCGCCAUGUUCCUGUCAGCAAUCUGCAAUUUCAGAUCGUCUAUUUCACACCGAUAGUUCUUAUGGCUCUCUGCAUGAUUGCCACCUUUUUCGUCAGUGAAUCGCCUCGUUGGCUCUUCCUGGUCCAUCGUCGCGAGGAAGCCAUCGCCGCUUUAGUCAAGCUGCGCGGUUUACCAGCUGACCACCCUCGCGUAGAGCGAGAGCUGAGGGAUAUCGAAGACGACAUCAAUAGAACCGCCGAAGCAGUCGGAAACUCCAGUUUCUGGGCUAUUGCUAAAGAAACGUUUACCAUCCCCUCGAAUCUCCGACGACUUCAGCAGUGCAUCAUGUGCUAUGCACUCGCCCAGCUUUCCGGCGCAAAUCUUAUUACUUCCUACUUGGUGCCGGUUCUCGAGAUCGUGGGUGCUGGAGGCGACACGGCUCAUUCCAUGUUCCUGAGCGGCAUGUAUGGCCUGGCUAAAUUUUUCUUCGUUUUGAUCGCUACGUUCUUCUUCGUCGACGCCCUGGGUCGUCGGAACUCUCUUUUCGUCGGUGCCAGUCUUCAGAUGAUCACGCAUGUCUAUCUCGCUGUUUAUAUCCGAUAUACGCAGAAAGGACCGGUUCCUCAAUCCGCCUCUAACGCUGCAAUUGCAGCUCUUUUUAUUCACGCUUUUGGCUAUGGUGUUGGGCUUUAUAUUCUCCCAUACCUCUUCGGUGGUGAGCUCUGGCCCAACCGAAUCCGUUCGUUCGGCGGUGCCGUAGGCCAGGCGUUUCACUGGCUGUUUAUUUACGGAAUGCAGUAUAGCAUGCCCUCGAUUCUAUCCAGCUUUAAUAAGUGGGGCGCGUUCCUGUUUUUUGCGGGCUGGUGUGCCGUCAGCAUUCUCUAUACCUAUUUCAUGGUCCCAGAGAUUGCAGGGCUGAGCGUCGAGGAGAUAGAAGAGUUGUUUAGGGGUCCCUGGUUUAAUGCUCAUCGGGGUGCUAGGACGAUUGUUGUUGAAGGAUGUCCUGGGACUGGUGGGGAUUGGGUGGAUAGAUCUUGGACUAACAAAGAUGAGAAACAUAGUGAUGACAAGUGCUAA